UGUUGGUGACGUGCGUAUGGUGUCGGAACGCUUAGAGGUUAAGGUAGUGAGAGAAGUAAUCAGAUUUUUAUUAUGACGUUAAGUAAACAGUGACAGUGCAGUGAUGGAUACACCAACAGGAGGGGGAAGAGAUUCCCGUUUUAAUAUGGGAUACAAUAUGUCUCUUUUAAGUGGUGAAACGCCGCCUGAAAUAUACGGAAGUACAAGCCAUGCGAGACCUACAACCUCUCUAACUUCUGGAGUGUCAAGGUCUUCAGUUUCGUUACCAAGUACUUGCAGUGCGGGUAUGACUCGUGGACUGAAGCGAACGUCUUCAGAUGUGUGUUUUGAACAAGAAGUGUCAGGUAGACCCAGCAUGUCAUCUCAAAGUGGGAUGGGCUUAUCAACGGACUGUGGCACUGACAUUGGGGACGAGGGCUACUCACAGGCCCAGAAAAAGACGCCGCCACCGAAUGGUAAAAAGACGAAGGGACGCGUUAAAAUAAAGAUGGAAUAUAUUGACAACAAACUUCGACGAUAUACAACUUUUUCGAAGAGGAAGACUGGUAUAAUGAAGAAGGCUUAUGAGCUUUCAACACUGACAGGGACCCAAGUGAUGCUUUUAGUGGCCUCUGAGACAGGCCAUGUCUACACUUUUGCUACCAGAAAACUGCAACCGAUGAUAACAUCGGAAGCAGGGAAAGCUCUAAUUCAGACAUGCUUGAAUUCCCCUGAUCCACCACCUUCGGGUGUUGGGGGCGACCAGAGGAUGUCUGCUACUGGGUUUGAGGAGACGGAGCUGACGUACAACAUUGGUGAUGAGGAGCAGAAAGUAAGACAGCUGGUGUAUGGUAGUUCACAACAUGUAGGUGGAGGUGGGGCUCAGCAACAUCCACAUCCUCAUGCACAGCAUUUCCAGCAGCACCCAGGGUCACCAUCUCCCCAUCAACACCAUCAUAUGAUGGCUCCACCACCGCAUUCUCACACCCAGUCACCUCCAUCACAUCUCAUCCCAUGUUCCAGUCCAGGGCCGCUGCUAGCAGGUGGCUAUCAGCAGCCAUGCCAAUCACCUCUACCACCACCUCAUGCUGCUUACCCACCUCCACACCCCCAUAUGUCACAUUCACACCCUCAACGGUAGUGGCACUUGCUGUAACAUCAGUGCGGUGAUUGAAACAGAGAAAAGCUCUAUCACGCAUUUCCCCUGUGGAUAUAUCAGAAAGUUAUCACAGGUUAUCGUAAAGCUAAAAGUGACAUGUAACAUAUUAUUUACCUUUGCUUGAAGGCUUUGCUUUGCAAGGUUCUGAUACAAUGCAUUUUGAAAUCAAAAUUGUGCGAGAAAAUCCAUAUUCUUGCAGAGCACAGGCUUUUAUUGAGAAGCGUCUUAAAUGACUAACAACAAUUCAGUUAUUCCAGGAGAAUAAUUUUAAAAAGUUUCCCAGAAAUAAGGCAGUUUCUUGAUUUUUGUGGUUGAGAAUUAAGAUAGUUGAGGUUGAUAGUCAUGACUAAAUUUUGCAAUGAUUGUACGUCAUUUUUUAUCAUUAGAGAAUUUUCGUGUCAUGGUGCAUUAAAAAUGCUUAUUCUGUUUACAUUACAGGAGUGUUAAAAUAAUUAAACUGACAUACUACAGUCAGUGACCUCAAGUGCCAUUACUGUAAGGGUAUCAGAUUGUGCCAUUGAGCAGCAGUUGCCUUCAGAGGCAUUUUGUAUAUUCUAUGCAUGAUUUUUGUGGCUUUACUGCAUUGAUGGUUGUACAGCAAGUGUUUUGUUUUGUUAUGGUGUUGUUGCAGCAUGAAAGUUGCCUGUGCACAUGUAGAAAGUUAAUGAUAUUGCAGUGCUGAAAUGAGCAUGGAAUUUUUUUUAAACAAAUUUUGAUUUGUUUUUGGUGGAUUAAAUUUUCACCAAAAUGUUUUAUUAUAUGACCAUGUCAUGGCUUUUUAGCUAGUAUAAAACUGGCAAGUAUUGUUUUUGCUGUAGUUAGUAGAGUGGGAUAUAGAAAACGGAACAUUCUUGGCUCCAUUAACAUCAGAUAUUUUCAGUCAAGAUGCUGAGGGGUGGGAAGUAAUAGAAAUUGCACAGUGUUCAUACUUCUUCUUUUUGCAUAUUUUCUAUCUAUCUCUUUCUUUUAUGUAUUGUUAUUGCGAAAUGUGGAACACUGUCAGUCUGUUACUGUUUUGUGGUACUGUAUUACUGUGUGUUGUUUUGGCACAGUAUCAUAAACUGCAAAAAAAAAAAAAAAAAAAAAAAAAAAAAAAAAUUGUGGUAUUCAGUUUCCACAAUACUUGAGAUUUUUUAUUUACUUUUUUUAAAAACAAAAGUUCAUUACAUGAGGCAUUUGCUUUGCAUGGUUUCCAUUUUAUACAGAGUCAUAAGUCAUAAAAUUGUUCUUAAAUAACAAUAACUCUUGUGCAUUCAGAUUUGCAGUUCAUUUAAUGAGUCAGUAUUACAUUUUUUUUUUAAUAUUGAGACAUUAUAAACUGUUUGUUGUUUCUCUUUCAUAGUUACUUAGCAUCAGUUUGAGUUUUGAAAUGAGUGGCUUUGUGGUCAUGGACUUAAUUUUUGUCUCUAUUCAUGGUGUGAUUGCUGUAUGUUCUGUCCUGACUUACCUCUGGAGACAGUGUGACACUUUUGGCACCUUUCCUACUGUUGCCACAACAUGUUUUAUAUUAUAGUGGUACUGUUUUUGCUACUUAGGCCAGCAGUAUGAUAGUUUUUUAUGAUGUUUAACUGAUUACUGGUAGCAAAUGUCAGUACUGAAGUUUCAGAUAUGUAGGACAUUACAAAAUAUUGUGAACUGUAGUAAUUCAUUUACUAUGACCAGUACAAAUACAAUUACUUGCUAAGUGAAGGCUGAAACCGGUGAACGAUAUGCAUGAACUUGGAUUCUGCAGACACAAAUUGCUGAGUAACAUCGACUUUUUUAAUGAUUUUUUUAUUAAAGAGAUAGUGCCAAUGGUAUUAUGACAUGACAUCCCAGUUCCUCAUGUCUUGUUUGUGAUCUGUUAGUCAGAAUAAUAUGUGAUUAGUGCAAUUUUCAGUUAAUAUUUAGUUAUAAGUAUACUUACAAAUUGCAGUGAAUAAUAUUUGUCAUAGAGAAGUUGAUGUCUAGGAAUUUGUAACUUACUAAAUCUUUCAUAAGAUACAGUGACUUUUUGUUACAUAAACUAUGGUCAUGUUUUGAAUUGUUUCUUGUCUCGUCCUUUUCUUAGCCCUGUAUAUUUCCCACACUUUUGUAGAAAUUGCAAUCACUGAAACAAGUGAUGGAAAGUAAACUAGAAAUCUUGGUGCUAUCGUGCAUAUUUCUGUAAAUGUGUAAUCUUACACAGACAAAGGAGUUAUGAAUUUGUUGUAUUACAGUAUGCCUUUUCCAUUUUCAUUACAAACCAAACAUUGGUAUGUGAAAUUCAGUUAUAGGUACAGAACAAUGACACACCACAUCAUCAUCACUGCUACUUCCUGCUACACACAUACAAGAAGGGAGUGUAGUGUACCUUAUAGUUUCAGAGUAAGGGCAUACUGUCUUCAAUAGGACUAUAAUUGGUAAGACAGUGCCGAGUUCAAAACAACUUUAAGGUUUAGAGCAUUUUUAGUUUAUUUAAUUUCUGGAAAUGGCUGUUGCCACAAACAGUUGCUCCUGAAUAUUUGUUAAGAGUAAUAUUCAAGCAUAAUCAUAAUUGGUGCACAAAUAUACAGUUGUAGUAAAUAACCCAAAACAAAUACACAAAAAUUCUAAAAAUGUUCAAUUUUUCAGUAUUUUCAUAAUAUUUUUUUACAGUUGAGAAGUUUGUUACCCGUGAUUCCAAAAUAUUACGUUUUCAUUCACAUUAUCUUAUGUACCUGUAACUGCUUUUUAUGAUAAUUGUCUACAGACUGAAAAUUUUUUAUUGUAAUUUAUAUUAAUCUCAACACUUUCACAUAACACUAGGUUGCACUCUAUAAUGAGUUAUCUCCACUGCUCUUUCCCAGCACAGCACUGUGAUUUUUAUUGUGGAAUUUGAACAAGUGUGUAUUACUUUUGAGCUAAGGAUUAGAUUUUUAAGCUGAAACUUUUGUGGUCUUGGAGUGGCGACAUCUCAAGAAAACAACAAGGAACAUCGGUGGAACCUACUACCUUAAUUAUUUGCUUAUUACCUCAAAACUUUUAGAGACACAGUUCCAGACAAAUGUCACACUGUGGAGAUGUUUAACUGACAAUUAAUACUCAGUUUGUAACAGUUUUACCUUUUUAGACAUCUGUGCCUGGAGUCGAUGUAUGGAAGCAUUAGUAAAGUAUCUCAUCUUCUGUGCAAAAGUGAUAUGUGCACUUAACUUCACAAAACACAUAGCUGAAAAUAAUAAGCAUUACUUCAGAUUCCAUUUUCUACAUUCUUAGUAUGUUGUUUUCCUUAACUUGUAAAUGUGUGGCCAAAGUGGUGUAAUAGUCAAACAUUCUGAAUGGUGAGGUUUGGUGUGUGACAGAUUGCAAAGCACUUCACUAAAUAUUUAUAACUGGCGUUUGGAUUAUCCUGGUAUUUCCGUUCAUAAGUAUCACUGUCUCUUCUGCAAUGUAAAUGAUAUUUUUUUCUGUAUAACCAAAGUAAAUUUUACUCACUGUGGAUAGGAAACAACCUGAAAUGUUUUUGCUUUUGUGCAUAGAAAUUUAUUUGAGUGGUGAAGAAGCUAAACCUCUUUCAGUUGCAUUGAGCGCUUAAUGUAACUUUCAGGUGUAGUGUUUCGUCCAGAUACUACUUGAUAGUAAGAUUGUACUGUACUCCUACACAUCUAAAGUUGUUUCUUCUCUGCCAUUACCUUCUGUUCUUCAGUAUCUGUUCUAUUGUAUUCACUUGCUGUUUGCACUGAACUUUUUUUUUGUUCUGACCAUUGAAUACAGAAACAGUUUUAGGUGGAAUAUAUUAGAUGAUUUACCAUCUUGUAACAUUUUGUGGUGUGCUUUUGUUUAGGUACAUUGACUUGAAGUGGGUUGAAAAACACAUGUAUUUAAAUAGG